AUGAAAUUAAAUUUAUGUUUAAUAAUUUUAUCUCUAUCAUUAAUUGGGUUAACUAGAUCCACCCAAAUUUCCGAUGAAUAUGUAAACUUUGUUGCAUUUAGUGAUUCCGAAUGCUUAACACCCGCAUUAAAUGGAUUUGGUUAUUCAAUGGCAACUAAAACUUGUACAACACUAGAUUAUAUUAAUAAUUUCUUAUUUACUGUUGAUAGUGGUGAAGUUUCAUGGGGAAGUUAUGAAAAUAACUAUUAUGAAGGUGAAACUUGUACAUUGCCAAAUUCACCAUCUGUUUCAUAUCCAGUUAAUUCAUGUAUUCAAUCAAGCACUGUUUAUAUUAACAUGAAUUCUGGUAAGACAAACACCCCAUUUUACUAUAAAUUGACAACAUCAUCAACCCCAUACAUUGCACAAAAUAGUUUUAUUUACACUUAUAUGGGAGAACAAUGCUCACCAAAUAACAUUGUCGCAUUGGAAUACUAUCUCAAUGAUACUAGAUUGUUUAAAAACCUAUCUUCCUAUCUCUACUAUUGCGAUCCAAAUACACAUUUCCCAGUCACUCAAUUUUGUGCCGACUAUCCAUCAGAAUGCAAUCCACCACCAUCACAAAACCAACCACAUUGUUUUGCAACCCAACCAUUCUAUAAUACCAGCGGUGAUUCUAGUAUCACUUCCAUUUGUCCAACUUGUUGCACUUCUGGUAGCUCAUGUGCUACAUCUGGCGGCUCAACUGGUUCAUACACUGGUGAGGGUUGGUCAAAACCAGAAAAUGAAAAACAACAAAUAAUUAAAUUGGAAAAGCAAGAUAAACCAUUCACAGUAACUAAUAGUAAUGAUCAAAUUGCUUAUUAUAAAUAUCUUUAUUGUUCUUAA